CGCCUAAUGCUGAUUAAAUUCAGAAUGGGAAAACAGGUUCUGACUGUUUACUCUGCAUAUGCACCACAGACCUGUGAAUCUGAAGACGCCAAAAAUGACUUCUGGAACACACUCUCAGAUGCCGUCAGAAAAACACCAUCAUCAGAGAUACCAUUGAUAUGCGGUGGCCUUUACGGCCAUGCUGGA